GGGCGGCCCUGCUCGCGCUGCGCGCUUUCGGGCUCGGUCCCGGCCUUCGGGCGGCCCCGGCCGGCGCCUUCGGGCGGGCUCGGCGGAGUCCGGAUGGAGGACUCGGACUCGGCCGCCAAGCAGCUGGGCCUGGCCGAGGCGGCGGCGGUGGCGGCCGCGGCCGCUGUGGCGGCGGCGGCCGCGGCCGCGGCGGGAGGCGAGGCGGAGGAGCCGGUGCUCAGCAGGGACGAGGACUCGGAGGAGGACGGAGACUCCGAGGCAGAGCGCGAGACGCGGCGGGUGACGGCCGUGGCGGUGAUGGCCGCUGAGCCCGGGCACAUGGACAUGGGCGCCGAGGCCCUGCCCGGCCCCGACGAGGCCGCCGCGGCCGCAGCCUUCGCAGAGGUGACCACUGUGACCGUGGCCAACGUGGGCGCCUCCGCAGACAACGUCUUCACCACGUCCGUGGCGAACGCCGCCUCCCUCUCGGGACACGUUCUGUCUGGCAGGACGGCGCUGCAGAUCGGGGACAGCCUAAACACCGAGAAGGCCACGCUGAUUGUGGUGCACACGGACGGGAGCAUCGUGGAGACGUCGGGGCUGAAGGGGCCAGCCGCUCCUCUCACCCCAGGCCCUCAGUGCCCUGCGAGUCCUGCGGCUCCCGGCCAGGACAGAAGUGGGACCAAGUAUAACUGGGACCCAUCGGUGUAUGACAGCGAGCUGCCCGUGCGCUGCCGCAACAUCAGCGGGACCCUGUUUAAGAGCAGGCUGGGCUCAGGAGGCCGGGGCCGGUGCAUCAAGCAGGGCGAGAACUGGUACAGCCCCACGGAGUUCGAAGCCAUGGCAGGACGAGCCAGCAGCAAAGACUGGAAGAGGAGCAUCCGCUACGCGGGCAGGCCGCUGCAGUGCCUCAUUCAGGAUGGGAUACUAAACCCUCAUGCUGCCUCUUGCACCUGUGCCGCGUGCUGUGAUGACAUGACCUUGAGUGGUCCCGUCAGGCUCUUUGUCCCCUACAAAAGGCGCAAGAAGGAGAACGAGCUGCCCACAACCCCCGUGAAGAAGGAGCCCCCCAAGAACAUCACGCUGCUUCCCGCCACGGCUGCCACUGCCUGUGAGUUUGAGCAAGUCACCGUGACCCCCUCAGGACAGAUCACUACCUCGGGCGCACUGACCUUUGACCGGGCAUCCACCGUGGAGGCUACCGCCGUCAUCUCCGAGAGCCCAGCCCAGGGUGACGUCUUCGCGGGAGCCACGGUGCAAGAGGCAGGUGUGCAGCCCCCGUGCAGGGUCGGCCAUCCGGAGCCCCACUACCCCGGCUACCAGGACAGCUGUCAGAUCGCGCCGUUUCCGGAAGCCGCGUUGCCAACGUCUCAUCCCAAAAUAGUGCUGACCUCCCUGCCGGCCUUGGCGGUCCCCCCCUCCACCCCCACCAAAGCUGUGUCCCCCGCCGUGGUGAAUGGGCUGGAAAUGUCCGAGCAGCGGAGCUGGCUGUACCUGGAGGAGAUGGUCAACUCCCUUCUGAGUACGGCACAGCAGCUCAAGACGCUGUUUGAACAGGCCAAGCAGGCCAGCUCGUACAGGGAAGCCGCCGUGGCCCAGGCCCGAGUCCAGGCGGAUACAGAGCGCAAGGAGGUAGGAGCCAGUCGGCCCGUGCACACGUGUUGCUGGACACUCACCUGUCUCGGACGUGGGUGUCCUUUCAGACUUCCGGCAGCCGGUGAAGACGUGCCUCGGGUUCUGUUGAGUUUGGAGAGGCGUCUUCGGGCUGUCUGGUGGGACAUGUCCGUCUUCCCGGCCCCAGGGGCGCCGGCAUGGGCAUUUCCCUUCCCGCUUCCAGCACAUUCUUCAGAAGUAGGAUCCCGAGUGUGGCGUCUGGGUUCAUGGAGCAUCGGGACACAGCGCUUUCCCACGGCAGCUUGUCGCUGCAGCACAGAGAGGGGCUCAGCCCCGCUGGCUUUUCGUGUGGCCUUCAGGUCGCUGAUGGCGUCUUCGCUCCACAGGGGCCCGACCCCAACCUGGCGUAGCUCAGCGUGGCCCUGGAGAUGGUCUGCAAGCCAGCUGCGAUGCGCAAGGGUGGAGGUGGAGGCUGGGGUGCGCUGGCCACGCGGGUUUAUUGUUUAAGAGUUUAUGUAUUAGACUGAGAGCCCGGGGGGCGGGGGACAGACUGCCCUGAGCAGGGAGCCCUACUACGUGGGACUCGAUCCCAGGACUCUGGGGUCAUGACCUGAGCUGAUGGCAGAUGCUUCUUCACUGACUGAGCCCCCGGCGCCCCCCGUGCUGCGUUCUUAACAGAAGCUUUUCCCCCUUACAGUCCAGGUGGACUUGGUUUCUAAACAAAACUCAGAUUGAUUUUUCCAUCAAAUCUAUAUGUGAAAAUUUCUGUUCAUUUAUCCUUUUUGUAGAUCAGAGGAAAGGAGAGUUUUUCAAGUUCUUAAUUUUUUAUUAAUAUUAUUUUUAAUAUUCUACGUAUUUAUUCAUGAGAGACACACAGAGAGAGAGAGAGAGAGAGAAGCAGGCUCCCAGGAUCCUGACCUGAGCUUAGGCAGCCGCUCAACCACGGAGACCCCCGAGGCGUCCUGGUUCUGAAUUUUUUUUAAUGAUCUCCUAAUUUUGCUUUUCCAAACAAGCAAAGUGCUGCUCUCUUCCUGAAGGAGAUAAAUGUAAAACAUUUUUUUAAAAAAAUUACAAUUCUAGGGGGAUCCCUGGGUGGCGCAGUGGUUUAGCACCUGCCUUUGGACCAGGGUGCGAUCCUGGAGACCCGGGAUCGAAUCCCACAUCGGGCUCCUGGUGCAUGGAGCCUGCUUCUCUCUCUGCCUGUGUCUGUGCCUCUCUCUCUCUCUCUCUGUGACUAUCAUACACAAAUAAAUAAAAAUUAAAAAAAAUUACAAUUCUAAACUAAUAAUAGACAAUGAAUUUUAUAGAAAAGAGAAAAGCAGAAAAAAACCUUGAUCUUUUUACCCAAAGACA